AUAAAAUAAAAUACUAGUAUUAUUUUGUAGCCAUUACGACAAAAAUGGAGCUCAGUUUUUCCUUUAAAAAGCAAUAGUGUUGGGGCUCCAUGUUAUGCAUUUUAAUUACAAUUUUGAAAAUACAAAAACAUUUUUGAGCUUAAGUCCAAAAUCUUUGGUCGGAUGAUCUGGCGGUAGUGCCAAUAAAACAAGAUUCUGGAAAAAAGAAAUUGGACGAGGAUUGUGUUCAAAUGUACAAGUAUAACAAAAAUCAGAUGUCAAAAUUGUGUAGAUGGACGUCACGUCAUCCAUACAGGACAACGUCCACAUUCACCACAAGUUUUUGUAGACCAGCAAAGAUAAAUACUCUUUACUUCUGUCCGUAAAAUCUUCCAGCUCAGAUCCUCGCUUCUUUAUAAAUAGAAAAAAGUAAAGCAACAAUCGCACAAAAGGGUUCUCCCCAUGAACCAUUUCUACCUCACCCAUAGUGUCUGGUUUCAAAUGGGGGAGAGAACAGAGAGUGACAAAUGUAAACAGUGGGGUGGCUGUGUUGAAGGAAAUUACCUCCCUGAACUGCUGGCAUGUGGCCAGCGAGAAGACAUUCAUCUGUUUUGUAUAGAGCCUGACUCACUGGUAGGACAGAGGGGAGGGAGUUGAGGAAAGAGUGAGACAGCGAAUGAGACAGGAGAGAGUGAGGUGGAGCGGGCUGUGAAGAAGAAGCAGUGAUUAGGAAUGGGAGCGAGCUGGAGGCGCCACAACAUCUGAAAGUUUUAAACCUGUGAUUGCAGCAAAUGAUGUGAAGCAAAGACUCCAGUUAGUUCCGACACGAGGAACCAGAGCGCAGUGCACGUGGACUCCACCAUCUAAAGAGAUCUGAAUGCAGCUACUGCACAACGCUUAAGAGAAUCGGGGUGCGAGCAAAGAAUAGAGGAUGUGGAGUAAAUAAUUAAAUACAAAAAGUGCAAAAAGAUUGAAACGGACCGAGCUGUUAUCGUAUUCACCCCAAGACUGUAAACAUCAAGGAAAAAAUCUUAAAAACAAAGACAAUUGAGAGGCCCGACACACAAGAAGACCUUUUCCUAAUGAAUGGAUAAAAGCUCCAGCUGCAUGGAAAAUAAGCGACGUGCUGUGGAAGUACCACUCUGGCUGGGAUUAUUUUAGCAUUGGACGGCUUUAUUUUUGACCCUUUCAAACGGUGAAUCUUCAACCAAUUGUGAGCUAUUCAUUUUGGUCUGUGGACAGUGCAAAGGAAGAUGCAUCUUGUGCUCAAACCUUGAGCCAUCCCACUACACUCUGCACCCUUGCCUGUGGGACCCUGUGACCAUGCUGACCGCCUGUCCAUCACCACAACAAUCAGAGCCCCAAACCUCGCUCAGGCCCGCUGGAAUUUCAACAGCAACAUGUCUCAGCCAGUCGUGGCACAACUCAACACUAACAGCUCACGAGCGGCUGAAGCGCCUGAGAUUCAGCUGAAAUGGGCCGCCCUGCUCAUCAUCAUGGUCAUCAUCCCCACUAUCGGAGGAAACAUCUUAGUCAUUCUUGCAGUGUCACUUGAAAGGAAGCUGCAAAAUGCCACCAACUACUUUUUGAUGUCACUAGCUGUAGCUGAUCUGCUGGUGGGACUCUUAGUGAUGCCGAUCGCCCUGGUCACGGUGCUCUACAACUCUGGAUGGCCUCUUCCGGAUUUCCUUUGUCCCAUUUGGCUUUUCCUUGACGUGCUUUUUUCUACAGCGUCCAUCAUGCAUCUAUGUGCCAUCUCUCUAGAUCGUUAUAUAGCCAUCAAGAAGCCAAUCCAACACAGCCAGUACAAAUCCAGAGCCAAAGCAAUUGUCAAGAUUGCAUUGGUGUGGCUUAUAUCCAUUUGUAUUGCAAUUCCCAUUCCAAUAAAGGGGCUUACAAACUACCAUCCUUCCAACAACAUCACUUUCAACAGCAACCACACCUGCCUGCUGAAGACGGACACCUUUCGGGACUUUAUUAUAUUCGGUUCCCUAGCAGCGUUUUUCAUCCCACUCAUGAUCAUGAUGGUCAUCUACUUACUUACUGUGCAGGUGUUGCGUAAAAAGGUGUAUUUGCUCAAGUCAAAAGUGACUCAGCGCUUUAACUCCCAGAUAGUCUCCUCAGUUUUCCAAAGGGAAGCAGCUACACCACCACUUCAAAUGGAACCAAUGGACAUGCUGGAUACCAAACUUCCAAGGAUGCAGGACAAACUGAACGAAGGGAUGGGGACCCCCCCUACAGAGGAUGAACUGUCUUUUCGGAGAAUGUCCACAAUGGGAAAGAAAUCAAUGCAGACUCUGAGCAAUGAGCAGCGGGCUUCAAAGGUGCUCGGCAUCGUCUUCCUGUUGUUUGUAGUCAUGUGGUGCCCAUUUUUUAUUACAAACAUCACAUCUGCUUUGUGCACUAGUUGUAGCGCGAGCAUCGUUUCUCGCCUUAUGGAGAUCUUUGUUUGGGUGGGUUAUGUGUCUUCAGGUAUCAACCCGCUGGUCUACACACUUUUCAACAAAACCUUCAGGGAAGCAUUUACCCGUUACAUCACCUGCAAUUACAGCAACAGCGCAAGCAGCAGGACAGGGCCACAUCUAGCAGCACCACAGGGAGACUGGAAAUUAACAGGGAUUUCAUUCAAAUCUUCCAUGACGGAGAACUCGAAACUGCUGGUGAAACAGGGAAUGAAGAACGGCAUUGGAGCCAUGGGCUGCCAAAGUCCACUAAGGUGUCGCCACACGCCUGUGAAAUCAGCUAGCUGUGUUAUGUUAGACACAUUACUGCUGACAGAAAAUGAGAAUUCUAAGGAGGAAGAACACAUAAGUUGUGUAUAACGAUUAGAAAUUUGGAGAACUUGACGUGUAUCAGAUUAAUGGUGCAAAUUUAAUAUCCAAAGCCGAAAUAUCUCCUCACUUAAAAUAAAGAUGAUGCCAACCCUGAAGGCAAUAAUGUGAAUCACCGGCAUGACAGAUCACACAAAAAGACAAAAAUGUCAGAUGCUAUGAGGAAAUAACUUAAAGACUGGUCAAAGAAAAACUGUCAUGCGAGCUUUUCUUUAAUCCCCAAAAAAACUCAAGCUGCCAGACACGAUUAUUUGAAAAAUCUGUUGUACAUAAAAUAUGCUCUUCUGAUAUUUGAAACUUUACCUGCCUGUAUGCUGUAAACCAUCUCAGACCACAUGCUCCUAUUAACUAAAUCUUUUAAGCAAAAUAAAAAAUAAAAUCUUGCACUUUUGAAAUGAUAUUUCUUCCGUCAGCUGGAUUGUAUAAAAAUAUUUUUGGGUUCAUCAGCGUGGAGUUUUGACAUGUUCUAAGAGAUAGAAGAGGAAAACAACCUCAACAUGCAUAUUGUUGAUGUUUUUAAAUACUUUAAAAUCGAAGAAAAGAUUCAAGUAAGUUUUUAAAAUCCAGUGUAACAUAGCUAGUGGUAAUAUUAUUGUGAUAUGGGCUCAUAAUCAAAUGGUGGCACAGGCAGAAAUAAGAGGGUAAAAAAAGACAGAAAAGGAUUAAAAAAUCUCUUGUUUUAGUUGGUUACAAUUUGUAUGGACUUACAUUUUACACAUUAAAUUUGAACAAAUUAAAAAAAGGAAACAUCACAUCUGAGGAGGGUUAUACAAGCUCAGAGUACAGUAUGUCAUUACUGUAUUUUGGUUUGAAGCCAUUCAGUCCUAAAUAUAUUUUGGGAUCAACGGUGAAGAAUGACAAAAAGUUUGAGAUAAAAAUUUGGUGGAUGUCCAAUUUUUAUGUCGAUGUGCAUGAGCGGGAAACGUAAGGGGUUAUUCCUGAAGCCAUGAGCACUGGAAAGUGUAGACAAACUGUAUUGCUCUGGUUCACGAGUCUUUCUAAACAAAGAAGAUUUACAUAGAGUUUAUCCAGCAGCCAAUUGAUCAAACGGCCCAUCAAAGCCUUUUUUGGUUUAAACAUGUACACCCUGGUAUGGUGUAAUGGCUGAGCUGUUCAUGAAGCAGAGCUCAGAUCUAUGAUGAGUAAAGUCACAUUAAAAGGGAUAAUACUUAAAAA